GAUCUGAGCAGGGACAUGCCCCGGCUGAUGCCUUUAAUGGUGUGCAAACCAUGUCUGGCUGGCACACACAAUUCUUGACUAAUUGACUAAUGGUGCCCACCCACUGACUGUAGUGAUUGAUUAAAAUUAUAUUUUUAUUUGGUACCAAAGAAGUCUUUUAUGUUGAUAUCAGUCACAGUGUCGAGGUGAGCGUCUGUCCCUAUCAUUGGUGUCCUGGCUUAUGCGCUGUUUGAAAUGGUGUUCAAACCACGCCUUGCCGGCGCACAGAGCAUGGCCGGGUGACAAAUGAUGCGCACCCAGUACGUGUUGAAGGAAAAUAAAAGAAGAUUUUCGCAAUUUUUAUAAAUAUAUAUAUAUAUAUAUAUAUGUGUGUGUGUUGAUUUUGUGACAUUUAAACAGCUUUACGUUAAUUUUAAAGAACAUGCUGGUAAGUAGCUAAACUGGAAUUAUGUUCGUCACUAGGCUUUUUUUCGGAAUACCUCCUUGGUAUUUUUAGCAAGGCAGCUAAGGUUAGCAGCUAAAAAUUAGCGCAGCUACAGCCGUUUUCGGACGAGUUGUUUUUGUUGGUUAGAGCCACACUUUGAGGCUUUGUGCCAGCAGGAGUAAAACCACAAGGCUACCAACGUGUUAGUAAUUCUCGCCCGUGUUUCUCUGCCAGUUCUGAACACGGAUUAGGGCGAGUUUUCAGCUCCAGCUAGCGGCCCGAUGUGAGGCACAAAGGAGGUGGGAGAAUUUCGCAACCGAGGAAAUCUGAUGUGACAGCAAAGAGCGAAUAUCAGAUCAUUUCCAGGGCAGAUGAAGUCAUGCCUGACGCGCUGUAUGUGUUGCUCAAGGGACUCCCGGAGCUGGUAUAACCGCGGCUAGCAGGUUCCGUUAGCUUUAGUGUGGGAUUUCAGCCCGUUUUCAAAAUGCCUGGGAUGGUGGUGUUCGGGAGGCGCUGGGGGAUCGCCAGCGAUGAUCUUGUUUUCCCCGGCUGUUUUGAGCUGCUACUCCGUGUAAUCUGGUGGAUUGGUACCAUGAUCUUGUUCACCUAUCAUAAGGGGCACUUUGGUUGUAACGGGGGCGGAGUUCUGCACACCUACCUGGUUGGACUGUUGGUUGUGUUGGGGCUUAUCAUCCUGUCACUCUGUGCCAUUGUCUAUGUCAGUGCCCAAGGCACUAUUACAAAUCCUGGCGCACGGCGCUCCAUGCCUGCCCUCGUGUACCUGCGAGCUCUGCUUUACAUCCCUGAGCUCGUGUGGGCCUGUCUGGGAGCCGUUUGGGUGUCUGAUAACAGCCAAGGUUGUGGUCCAGCCACUGUGGGUGGAGUCAUCACUGCUGUUGUUACCAGCUGGAUCAUCCUGCUGUUUACGGGGCUGGGCGUAGUUUUCGUUUUCGAUCCGAUGGGCAGCCCUCGUCCUCAACCCGGACCCAUUGAGCCUCUGGGAGUACGGGACAUGGAGAGCAGCGGGGGCACCCAGUUCCUGUCCACGGCUCGCUCUCUGGCCACUAAGGUGUGGGAGUGCAGGCUGCGGCUGCUGUGCUGCUGUCUGCCGCAGGACGAGAGCCACCGAGCAGCUUUCUCCAGCAUCUCACAGCUCUUCAGCGACUUCUUCUCUGACACAGACCUGGUUCCCAGUGAUAUAGCAGCUGGGUUGGCUCUGCUGCACCAGGAGCAGGAUAAGAUGGAGCGUAGCAGAGACCCAGAAGAAAUCAUGAGCCACAGCCCUUCCUCACCGAUUGGCCAAGAUCUGCAGACAGAGUUGGAGAAAGCAGCUCACUGCAUGCAGUUUGCUGCAGCAGCUUACGGCUGGCCGUUGUACGUCUACUCCAGCCCCUUUACUGCACCUUGCAAGCUCAGCGGAGACUGCUGCAGAACCCGUGCUCCGGAGUAUGACAUCAUAGGAGGGGACCACCUUGGCUGCCAUUUCUCCUCCAUCCUGCAAACCACCAGUCUGCAGUACAGAGACUUUAUAUAUGUUAGCUUCCACAACCAGAUCUAUGAGAUCCCGUUUUUUGUGGCUUUGGAUCAUAAGAGGGAAGCCGUUCUUGUGGCUGUCAGGGGAACGCUUUCACUAAAGGAUGUUCUGACAGACCUGUCUGCUGAAUGUGAAAACCUGCCCGUCGAAGGAGUGUCUGGAGCUUGCUACGCUCACAAGGGCAUGUGCCAGGCGGCGGGCUACAUCUACAAGAAGCUCGUCAAUGAUGGCAUCCUGAGCCAGGCAUUCUCAAUCGCCCCGGAGUAUAAACUGGUAGUCACUGGUCACAGUCUGGGGGCCGGCACAGCGGCACUGUUGGCCAUCCUGCUGCGCACUUCCUUCCCUACUCUGCAGUGCUACUCAUUCUCUCCACCAGGGGGCCUCCUGAGCAAAGCCUUAGCUGAUUACUCCAAGGACUUUGUAGUGUCAGUAGUGUUGGGGAAGGAUCUGGUUCCCAGACUGAGCAUCCCCAACAUGGAGGAUCUGAAGAGACGGAUACUGAAAAUAGUCACAAACUGCAAUAAGCCCAAAUACCGCAUCCUGCUGCAGGGGUGUUGGUAUGAGCUGUUCGGAGGGGACCCCGACGAUUUCCCCACCGAGAUGGACAGCAGAAGGGAGGAGCAGCUCAGUCAGCCGCUGCUGGGGGAGGAGUCACUGGUGAUCCGCCAUUCGUCGUCCUAUCAGAGCCUGGCAUCAGAUGACUCUCCCGCCCACACAGCUGCACACUUGCCACUCUUCCCACCGGGGCGCAUACUGCACAUCACAGAGGACGGGCCGUCAAGGAGAUCGUGUUUCUCCCAAGUUCGGUACCGUGCCGACUGGUCCAGCGAGAUGGCGUUCCGAGGCAUUUUGAUCAGCCCCAGGAUGCUCGUGGAUCACAUGCCCGACGCCGUGCUUCGAGCCCUGAACAGUCUUUGCAGUGACAGCCACUUCUCCCUCUGCCCGUCAUCGUUAAACAACAACCCGCACACUUCUAUGUGAGAUGCACUAAAAAGAGCCUCCCUCUUCAUGUCCGUGCUCCAAGCUGACUUUUACUCACAUGUUUACAUCCAAUCGAGGAAAGUUCCCACUACUUCCCAGCCGGUGAUCCCAAGUAUUUCUUGAUAUCUUUUGAGCGAGUACUUGUUUAUUGAGCUUCUCAAUUGUACAAUCAUCGGAUUGCGAUGAUGAUGGGAUAUUUGAAUCCGUGGAGCUUUGCCUGAUUUGUAAAAAGAAAACCCAUAGGAGCACAGAGUCAUUUUUUUCAAUUGCACUUUUAAUUACUUAAUACAAAACUUGUGCUUUAUUUUAAGUUACUCCAUGAGCGACUUUAUGCCAUGAUAGUUGAAUGUUGUGUUUACAAUGUGGCUGUGUUGCAGUUCAACUGUAAUGUCAGUGUUUUUGGUUUUUUUUGUUUGAAUGGUGCGCGCUUGAUAAAGAUUGGCCUGUUGCCUUGGGCGGCUUUAGAGCUUUCUGGUUGGAUGGGAAAAAAAUAUAAGAGUAUUCAUAUUGUUGUUGCGUGAUAACUGUAGUUAGGGUGUCUUGUCUUUUUUGUUUUGAAGCAGGGUGAACAGUGCCUAUGAAUAAUUAAGAAUGAAAAGGAGAGCAGUUCUUUACAGAACCACAGUAAGUGAAGUUCAGAGCUGCAGUUACACUAAACUCAAACAUGAAUGGAAGUAAAAAGUCUAAAGAUUGUGCAUUUUUGUUGGAAUUUAUCUGCUUGCUAUAGAUGUUGACAUAUCUUUUAAAAAGAAACUUUUGUCUCUGAAACUUUCAUACCCUACCAGGAAUGCAUUGAAACCUGAAUGCAAAUAAAAGGGUUCGUGAAGUACA